AUGGCAUACCCCAGCAUCAUCUCUCAGCCUGCGCGCAACCUCCAGCCUGUCCUCGAGGCGCUCUCCCCGCUGAUCGAGGGCUCGAACGCGAAGCGCGUCCUCGAGCUCGCGUCAUAUCCCUACGAACACAUUAGGGGGUAUGCGCAGAAGUGGUCCGAUGUGCAGUUCACGGGAACUGUGAGGGACGAUAAGGAGAUCAACACGACCAAUACGACCGACCUUCCCUCCAACGUCGGCCGGCCAUUACGCCUCGACAUUGCAGAGGAGGGCGACUGGGCAGCGCUCACUGAUGCGACGGCCGAGCCCUAUGACGGAGUAGUCAUGCUCAACCUCGUGCACUGUACGCCGGAGGGAUUGCCGGAGAACAUCUUCCGCAACCUGUCGCCAAAGCUGAAGACUGGUCGGCGCGUGCUCGCUCCUGGGGGAUGGGUCGCGGCGUACGGCGCGUAUCUGAAUGAUGACGGGAGCUUCCGCAGCCCGGCCGAUGCCAAGUUUGACGCCGAGUACAUCAAGGGCAUGCACCCGUCUCUCGGAUUGCGGACACCGAAGAGCAUCACUGCGAUGGCGGAGACGUGGGGUUUCCGCGAGGUCGAGCGGAAAGACAUGCCGAAGGGCAACCUGUGGAUCGUGUGGAAGGUUGAGGAAGUGGAGGAGUAA